AUGCAAAUCCCAAACCUUGCGUCCCAGCGCUCUCGACAAAGGAACAGAAUCUCAUCGCAAGCGCCAUUUGGUUUCUUCGAUCUCGAUGCUCUCUUCUCCGUCGCAUUCGUAUUGAUCCUCGCCGGGAGUGCCUUUUCCGACGCGCAGCAAAUGCGAGUGGUUCACGGCCUAAAACUAGCCAUGAAUUUGUUCGACUAUCUUGCAGAACGUGGGAACAAAGCUUCCUUAUGUCGCAAGACUGAUAUUGAGCAGAUAUGCAACCACGUUGGGGUCUCAUUAGACGGAACUAACACGGCUUCGAGUGAUUUACAAGGCACGCCGACGCCGACACAGCACCCUACAAUCACGUCAUGGUACGACCCAGUGGCUGAAAUCAUACGAUCGCCCACACAGCAAGACCAGUCUGGGAAUCAAUCCGGUUAUAUUCAUCCGCUACAGGACCCGGGUCUACUCCCGUUGUGGCAAACCGAGAACAGCUUUUAUGAUUCCUUCUCUGGUUCUAUGCCUCGCGACUUGUACACAAUCUAUCAGAACAAUGACCUGGCACUUUCGGGGUCUAUUAAACUUGACUGGGAGGAGCUUGAGAGACAACUUUUGCUGCACCAAUGA